AUGGUGAGUAUUACAACGGGAAACGCGCCAAAACUAACCGCCCAGUCAUCGCAACUUAAACUCAUACCCGACGAUUCGUACAAAGCCGCCGUCAAUGUGACCGCGUACGGCGAUUCCGCGCCCUCUGCCCCUGGCCUCCACGACACUCUAAGAUCCGGCGAAGGUCCACUUUCGGUGUCGUCGAAAAUCAACAAUAGACAUCCUCUGGAAGGCAGAAUCAGCAAUUGGGAAGCCACACAGAGACACCACCAAUUGGAAACUUAUAGACGUAUAUUUGGAGCUGCUGACCCAAUCAAAAGGGAAAUGGAGCUAAAAUUGGUGCAAGACUCUCAAUUCAAGCCGGCUGUUUUGGGAGGCCCUUCGGAUUUGCACACAGAUAUUCUUCUCAACAGAGAAACAACCAUCGACUGGGAAGAUAUCUACACAGGUAAGUUUACAAAACCUUCAUGUUUUACUAACAGAAUCAGAUUCAGGAAAACAGCCAAUGGACUUCCAUUCGGAGAUGGAGAAGAAGUUUGGCAUUUGAGUAGAUUGAACACGGCUGCUGCUGAAGACAGACCCUGCCACCAAGUCGAAUUCUUGGGGGUCCUGUCGUGUGCUUGCUAG